AUGCAAGGAAGACUUUGGCAGAAAAAUGUUGUGCUAGCUCCAGCGCGAAAUCAGAUUGCUUUAGCUCUUCGCGGAGCUCGUAAGACCGGUUUCCUGAGUCUACCAGCUAGAGACUUCACCGAAAUCCCGCCUCAAGUCUAUCACUUAGAAGACCACUUGGAAAAGGAUGAGAAUAAGUGGGAAUGCGUCGAUUUGUUCAAGAUGGACUUGAGUCACAAUCAACUCUCGUCCAUUUCGGAUGAAAUUGGUGAUCUUGCCGCAGUCACGUCGAUUAAGCUGGCUAACAAUUUACUUCAAGUUUUACCCGAACGAUUGUAUGAACUCCGGGCACUAACUUACCUCGAUCUGAGCAAUAAUCAGCUGGGGCGAGACCUCUCUGAGAAUUUUGGAACAUUGAUCAACAUGAAAGAGCUAAAUUUAUCUGGCAACAAGCUCAGUCGACUGCCAGACUCGGUUAUAUUUCUGAAAAAUAUGAAGGUACUACACAUUGCUGAAAACGUGCUCACAGCUCUGCCGACGCAGAUUGGCGAACUUGAGAGAUUGAAGAUCUUAAACGCACACACAAACCAAUUGACCUCAUUGCCAUCGUCGCUUGGGAGGCUCGAGAAACUACAGAAUCUUAAUCUGAAUAAGAAUUCUUUGGUAUCUACGGAUGACAUACUCUCGACCCUUUCCCUGCUACAAGUCUUGGACUUACGGCAAAAUAAGCUCGCAGUUUUCCCUUUACUGCCGAGGAAUGCAAAAUUAGAUCAAGUCUUUCUCAGUUACAAUACGCUCUCGACCGUUGAUGAGCUGUCUAUUUUACGUCUCAGAAACUCUGUUACCGUGUUGGACCUACGCGACAACAAACUAACGAGUUUGCCUGCCACCAUUGCCAGUUUAUUUCGUCUCAAAACAUUAAAUGUGGCAAAUAAUGAUCUGCCGGAUCUGCCACCAGGUCUCGGCUACCUUAAAUACCUUAACCACUUAAGUGUUUAUGGGAACCCCCUCCGAGCUAUUCGCCGAUCAGUAGUCAGCGCUGGAUGCGAGUCUUUGAAAAAAUAUUUGCGCACGCGUGGACUUCCUCCAGAUGGAUCUGAAUUUCUCGAGGAAGAGCGAGAUGAAUUUCAAAUAGAACGAGAGCGCUUAGCCUACAAAGGCAGUGGGACUCACGAGGGUCAACCUCUUGCAUCUGACUGCUCGACUAAAUUUCGGGAUGCUGCAGCGUCAAGGACAUUGGAUCUCACAAAUAGUUGUCUAUAUGUUUUACCGUCAGAUUUGGUCGGCAAAGGACGAUUUAGCUUUGGUUCGACGCUUAUCCACUUGAAUCUUUCAUUAAACCACUUACGGCUACUUCCAGCUGUGAUAGGCGAGUUGAUGUUUCUUAAGACUUUGACUGCUGACGAGAACGACCUGGAGAUUCUUCAUUCAUCAAUCGCUGCGUUGCCUCGUCUAGAAGUGUUGCGUCUUCGAAAAAAUUACCUUACAGCGGAUGCUAUCGCUGAUUUCUUAAGAAACUCAACAACAUUGGGAACCACGCUCAAGGAAAUAGAUCUACGGAGCAACAAACUAUCAAUUAUACCUGUAGAGACUGGUCAGCUGCGCUCCCUUGAGAAUUUGUUGCUAAGUCAUAACCAGAUCGAGGCGUUGGAUCAAUUCCCGUGGUCACACCUUACAAAAGUGAGUGUCAUCGAUCUUUCGGACAACAAGUUGCGGUCGCUUGGGCGAAUUUACGACGCUCCACUGCUUCAAUCGCUUUCAUUUGAGAACAAUAACAUAACCAAAGUGCCUGUUGAGCUCGGUUUAUGUCUACAUCUUAGCGCCAUUUACAUGAACGGUAACCCUCAGCGUACAGUUCGAGGUGGUGUCAUUGCCAAAGGUAGCGCUGAAGUUGUGGCCUACCUGAAGAAUAAACUUCCACUUGACACAGCACUUGUACCACCCAUUCCGGUAGCAUUGGCCCGUAAAGGCGAGGUAGAUGAACGUGUUUUCAGCGCUUCAAGUCGUAGCAAAGGUGGUGCACACUUACGCCGACACGGCGAAACGUACGCAGCCCACGGUUUUGCUACUGGUAAAGAUCACGAAGCUGCUCUUGUCGCUCUACCUGAAAGCAAAACAAGCAUAAACUUUUCGACUGAAAAAGCUACCGUCGAUUUUGAGCUGUCCAGAUUGUCGACGCAGAUUCAACAACUCGAGCAACACCUUAAAAGCAACUCUUUGUCUGCGGCCACUCGAUUUGGUCUAAAGAAAAAGCUAGCCAUGGUGCGGUCUAAAAGGAUUCGCGAGAUUCGCAAACAAUAG